GGGCAAAGAGAAAGAGUGUGGACACCCAGCUACGAUUUUACAGCCUCUUUCGGUCACACAGACGUGCUUUCACUGCUUUCUCUCUCUCUCUCUCUCUCUCUCUCUCUCUCUCUCUCUCUCCUGCUGCACUCUCACUCUCUCUCUUUCACACACACACACACACACACACACACACACACACACACACACACAUAGACACACAAUUUGCUCAACUCAUUCACAGACACGGGUCAGGCGGCCUCACGUUUCACCUUGCUCUGCCCCUGGCUGAAAGGAGAGGGAGCCUCUGCAAGGUGCAGCCAUCCCACAGUGCUUUCACAGCCGGGUAAAGUUAAGUCAAGAGACCUGAGCACUCCAUGGAAACUUGAGAAGUGUUAGAACCUUCUUUGGAGAUGGAAUUACAAAGCGCUACAUCACCUCUGCAGUGAAGGAGCAGGAUAACCAGGCAGACAGACUCAAGAUCUUUGCACGUCUCCAAAGAAUUGACUCACAUCAAUUUGUUUUGCCAUGCUUUUUCUGAAUGGUUCCUGGUGAAAGCAGCUGCUGCUCACAGGGACUGUACGCAGUGGGGUGGCGAAUGGGGAGCAACAUCAUGUCAGCUGUUUGUGCAAGGUGCACCUUGGGAGUGUGACCCACCAUGUGCAAAUGGACGGCGGCCGUUGCUGCUCACUGCGCCGACCUCACCUCUAUCAGCCCAGCCCAUAUCGGGCUACCUCUUCUGCCCGGUGCUCUCCCUGUGCGCCUUGCAUACCUCUCCUUGCUCUUCUUUCUGGCCAGUACAGCUUUUGCAGAAUGCCCGGCCGGACUGGGUCAUGACCCACUCCAUGUGCUGACGCGGAGCGCAAACUGCUCAUGGACUCUGGAACGCCACACACGCAGUUACAACCACCUGGAAGGCGACGUGCGGCUACGGCGCCUGUAUUCCGCCAACAAGUUCUUCCUCUGCAUCGACAAGACAGGCAAGGUGGAUGGCACACGGCGCAAAAACUAUCCUGACAGUCUGAUGGAAAUCCGAUCUGUUAGUGUGGGAGUUGUCGCCAUCAAAUCUGUCAGCACCGGCCUGUACUUAGCUAUGUCCAAAAAAGGCACACUCUUUGGAUCGGUAAGAUAUACCCCAAGCUGCAAGUUUAAGGAGCGCAUUGAGGAGAAUGGCUAUAACACAUAUGCGUCACUGCGCUGGAAGCACAGCGGGAGACAGAUGUUUGUGUCAUUGAAUGGUCGAGGGAAACCACGGAGGGGCCAUAAAGCUCGACGGAGACACCCUUCCACUCAUUUCCUCCCAAUGCUCCCAACAUAACUGCGAUCUCUAAUUAGCUUAUUAUUAUUAUUAUUAUUAUUAUUAUUAUUAUUAUUAUUAUUAUUAUUGUAAUACACAUAUAUAGCUGUAUAUGUAUGUUUG